AUGUUUGCAACGAGCAGCAUAUCACAGCGGUUGAAUGAAGCAGACGAACGAGCGGUCAUUCUUGGCAUUCUAGCGGAUGCAAAAGAGGAGAUCGUGUGGGACAAGGACUGUUCAUCGGUAUUGGAAGGCAUAAUUGCUAACAUCAAUAAGACUGUGAAGUACCUUACGCAGAGUGAAGUUUCUUCCUAUGUUGACAGCUGCUUUACCGCUGCCAACCCUUUUACCGCUGCCAACCCUUUACACGCAGUCCCAGUACUGGUUGCUGGGCUCUCAUCUCCUGAUUCAAUUGAUCGUAUCAUCUAUUGGUUGACACUGUCAAUACGGGAACGCCUUGAGCAAACCUUGAAGGACACGACAAACACUGGAAUUGAUGGUAUGAUUGCAAAGAAUCAUUCGAUUUCGGAACUAUUUGUCCUCCAGGAGCCUAACACACUUUUCGAGAUUCAGACUCGAAUUCUUCCGAAAUUGGUCUUUGGGGCUGGGUUGGAUUUCCUCUAUGACAAGUACUCCGAAUUCGUCACUUCUCUUGUGUUUCUCCGAGAGAAACUACUGAAUGCAACAAACAAGGACAGGACACAUUUCAAGACGCCCGAGAGCCUGCGUGUGAUCGAGAGCUCACUGUGCUCAGCACUGACAGCUGCUCUGCAACAUGUGUACGAUUCAAUAGUGGCCGGAAAAGAUGUGGAUUUGCGAGUGUUAUCACUGUUAAUCGCUAAGAGUCGCACAAUCGUCAUUAUGGAGACAACUCUUCUUCGCUAUAUAAUAAGAUGGUUAUGCUCUCGAGAAGAGUCCGCGAUUUGGGAUCGUAUCGCUCAGCGUAUCUUCACUGAUGAUUCGAUUGGGAUGCGAGAUGCUGAAGCUCUCAUCAUUGAAGUUGCACUGUCUGCCUCGAAAACUGAUGAUCUAAUGCGUUGCUUUGGAUUGUCGAUUCGUCGGAACCCGAUCAUUCAUCGUGUCUGCUGCACGAAAUUGUUCCUUCAACGAGUAUGCGAACCAUCACUGAUUACUGUAUUGGCGGAUUAUCUCCACAUCGCUGCCACUAAGGAGAUGUACUUGCAAGCGAUGGAGGUGAACUUGUUAGAUUACUGCCAUGAGUGA